AAAAUAAGAAGUGAAACCAAAUCUGAACCGUUUGAACGGAAUUCUAUGCCCAUAAGCAUCUCUAUCAUUAUCAUCACCACCACUCGAUCUCUCUCUCUCUCUCAUACUCUCUCUCUAUAGAAACUUUUGCAACAGAAAAAGUGCAGCAGAAAAGCGGAUAAUUCUGCGACCCUCCGCCAGCACACGCUGCUCGUACGUACAGAGAGAGGAGUAUAAAGAAUCGCGGGAUAUGGCAGGGCUCUGAGAAGGUUCUCUCUUCGCAGUUAUGGUGUAGAGAGAGAGUUUUAAGGGUUGAAACGAACAAUUGCGGGGAAUUCUCGCAUGGGAAGGUGUUUGAGGAGCUGUAAGGGAUUAGGAGAGCUAGAGGUCAUGGAAAAGGCAGUGGAGAGGAGAAAGAGAAAAGUUGGCUCGGGAGACUCGCAGUUAUCCACAUCCUCAGUUCAGCUCAAAACGCGGCGUUUAGCCGCACUGACGCCGGAGAGUUCAGCUUCGCCAGCAAGUUCGGGGAAUUCGACGUGUGAGAGCGUUGGUUCGGAUCAUGUUUUGGCAUCUUGUUGCUCAAGUAACGGAUCGAGUGAAAUGGCCAAGGAGAAUGAGGUGAUUGUGGAGUGUUUCGCAACAUCGGCUGGUGAUUCGUUGGAUUGUAGAGAGAGAGGAACGACGCCGUUGACCGAGGUUCAAGCUGAGUCCGUCAAGAUGGACUCGACGGCUAGGCCACUCAAAUCCAAUUCUCGUCAUAAUUCUAUGGCCGAGAAAAUGCCAUCCGAAGCUGAACUUGAAGAAUUCUUUGCCGCGGCUGAAAAGAACCUCCAGCAACAAUUCAUUGACAAGUACAACUAUGACAUAGUAAAGGACCUGCCACUGGAAGGGCGCUACGAGUGGGUUCAAAUUCAGGAUGGAGAAAAUGUUCACAACUUAGCAAUGGCUAUCUAGCUAAUUAUUUCUUACUGGAAGCUCAUCAGUGAAGUACAUCAAAUCAACAAUGAAACUCAUGGUCUCGUUCCACUAAUUUAAAGCUUAAGCUUUAGGGGCUUCUUGUUUCUCUACUUUAGGUUUAAAUCCUUGUUUUAGCUGAGAUGUACAGCUAGCUGUUUCUAUUUCUCUCUUCCAAGAAUCUUCAUAUGGAUUCUGCAAGCACUGUGACUGUAGAGAAAGAAUUAAAGAAGUUCUUCUCAUAGUAAGGUAAAUUAUUUAUUUAUGUGAGAAGAAGCUUCUGUUUGGAAUGGAAUGGAUAAUCAAUCUCUUUCGGGGUAAAGAUUGAAGAA